CAUUAGUGCCGAUGUUUUGUUUGCGAAAAUUUUGUUUAUUUUCGUCAUAAAUAAACUAUUUAACACGCUUGCUAGAAGGCGUCUUGUUAAUAAUGUCGCAGCAGUUAAUAAAUGAAAAUAGUAAAUACAUAUUAGAUUUAUUUUCGGAGCAAACGGUAGACUCGCAGAGUUUAGACUCAAUAUGUGCUCAGGUACAAAAGAGAUUUCCGAAAACCGAGCAUUUCAAUUUGUGUCUACUCUUGUCAUCGCUGAUCACGGGAGGUGAUCUGUCGCUCCCUGGGCAGCGUGUGGUGGCGCUGGCGCUGCUGUAUGAUAUCUACAAAGUGGAUAAUCCAUUUGCUUCAUUAUUUCUCCACCUGCUGGAAGGCAAGCCAGGGCUACUGCCCCUAGUGUCCCAGGAGAGACUGUUUAUAGGACAAUUGCACGGGUUCUUGCCUGUUAAUAUUAAGGAUGUGCUUAAGAAGUCAGCAAAGCAAGUGAUGAUGACAGAAGUGUUGGCUAAGGAGCUGGAGUUUGACUACUCCCCGCUGCAGGCGCUGGUGGCCGACCGCGUCUCCGAGAUGAGCUCCAUGGCGCGGGCCACUGCCUCAGCGCUUAUACCGUUUAGUGAUGGGAGUCCCCCAAACCGCAUGGCCAUGAAGGAGCUACUAGAAGCCCUCAUGUCCACGGAGUACUCGCCGCUGCAGCGCACGUUGCAGGCCGCGGGGCCCAUCCCGCCGCCCACCUUCCUGCUGGACGCCAGCGACAUCGCCUUCACUGACGAGGCAGUAUGGAAGAACCUGGUGAAUCGCGGGGCGUACGUGCCUCUGUACGACAGCGAGUACGCCGGGCUGGCCGGGCUGCCCAAGGACAAGGCCGGCGCCCGGAGACACGCCGCCACGCCGCAUGCCAAGCCCAAGGAAGAGAAGAAACCAGAGAAACAAGAAGAGAAGCCGGCACAGAAGGCAACAUCAGAAGAGAAGGAGUCGUCGAACACAGUGACCGAGGCUAAGGAGCUGACGGCUCUCGCUCUGAAGGGCGCGCUGAGUGUUCAGCACCAGCAGCGUCUGCUGGCGCUGCUGGACUCGUCGCCCAGCCUCGUGUACGACAUCGGGGUGACGCCCUACCAGCUGCCAGAGCUGGUGGAGAACAACCCCCUCGUGGCGAUCUCGGUGCUGCUGAAGCUGAUCCACUCGCAGCACAUCACCGAGUACUUCAGCGUGCUGGUCAAUAUGGAGAUGUCGCUCCACUCCAUGGAGGUCGUCAACAGGCUGACGACGUCCGUGGACCUGCCGGUGGAGUUCGUGCACCUGUACAUCAGCAACUGCAUCUCCACCUGCGAGACCAUCCGCGACCGGUACAUGCAGAACCGUCUGGUGAGGCUCGUCUGCGUCUUCCUGCAGUCCCUCAUCAGGAACAAGAUCAUCAAUGUCAAGGAACUAUUCAUAGAGGUGGAAGCAUUCUGCGUAGAGUUCAGCCGCAUCAGGGAAGCGGCGGCGCUAUUCCGACUGCUCAAACAGCUGGACUCCGGAGAGGGAACGGGACACAAAGAUGCCAAGGAGAACUAGCAAGAAAGAGAGGGAUUGUAGCCUUUAUGUAUUCAAUGGCGGGUGUUAUUUCGUUUUCUUGCGCUCUAACAAAAGUAACGCGUCAAUGCGAACGAAAUAAGGGGCCUUAUUUCGAAACCACUCGUCUUCAACUCGCGUGGGAGAAUCUAUACCUGUCUCAUCUUGCAAAUGACAAGUUCUGAUGUGCUACGUGAAACGGGUAUAUACAGGGCGUUAGUGACAUCGUAACGAAAACUUUGAGGGAUGAUUCAAAGUGUUCCAUUUUUCCAUUUGAUAUUAACUCAGAAUCAUGGUCUAAAUCAUCCCCAUCAGUAUUCGUUACGAUGUCACUAACACCCAUACUUGUAUGGCAACCUGUGUGAGAAAUGAUUCAGUUCAUUAUUCUGAGUUAAUAUUAAGUGGAAUUUUCAAUCGCAAAAGUAUAUAGUAUAUAAUUGAAAAUAAUUUAAAAAAAACAUGAAUUUUCUGACAGGAAACACCACUUGAUAUUAACUCAGAAUCAUGGUCUGAAUCAUCCCCUUAGUAUUAGUUACAAUGUCACGAACACCCUGUAUAUUCGAACGUGAGAUGAAGGCGAACGAGUCAAACAUAAAGCCCACUAUCCGCGCGCUCUUUGAUGAAAUCACCGAGACUUUUUUAGAGUUUUUUUUUCCUUUGAUGGGUUUGCUCUUGGCCCCAGACUUGCCCGAAGGCAUUGACGAGGCCUAACAUGGAGCGAGCUCGCCCAGAAGGUGCCUGUUCUCUCUGGCCUUGAAAGCACCCGGGUUAUAUGCAUUCGGAAAUACAGAAGACGGCAGAGAAUUCAACUCCCAGUGAUUUCUCUGUUACGUACAUUGAUAUAUAAGUACCGAAGAUUUAACAUAAGCGCUCAAAAAGUGGGACGAAACAGAGCAGAAAUAGCAAUGCAUGCUCUGACAUUCCGUAGUACGCUAUUGGGCGACGAACUGGCAACAUAUAGAUUUGGAUAACCCGACCGCGUUACGAAUCACCACGCGCUAUAGAUGCUAAGACUACGGCUGUAGCUACGUAAUUUUUAAUGGUUUUUAUAACGCAGGUAGCGUCAGGUUUUUGUCGUAUUUUAGUAUGAAGUAUUCUAUCUGCGGUACUUGUAUGUGAAUGGUUACGUAAUUACGUAAUCUGUAGUCAACAAGGUACGUUAUAGUAUGGCCAUGUCCGUCCUUCUGUCUGUCCGCUGUUAUCAGACUCUUAGUACUAGAAAGUUAAUUAAUCGCGUCAAAAAAUUGGCAACAUCAUACAUAACUAACAUUUUUUUUAGGUUAGGUUCCCCUACCCGUUAAGCGGGGCUGAAAUUUUCUUGUCUUGUUCAUAUUAUGCAAACUAUAAAGUUAUAUAUUCUCGCCUUUUAGAGAAAACCAGGGGCCUGUUUAAUAAAACUUACAAUUGUAAAUUACAAUGGCAAUUUGAUGUACAUGUCACGAAUAUUUUGCAGUUUCAUAUUAGCUACAUAAUGUACAUCAAAUUGUCGUUGUAAUUUACAAUUGUAAGUUUUAUAAAACAGGCCCCAGGUCAGGCGCCUUUAAAUAAAAUCACAUUCGGUUCGGAAGUGAUUUUUGUUCAAAAAGCCUAGCAAUAGACAGGCUAGUUCUUCAACAAAACAUUGGUUUCAUUCAAUUUCAAUUUUGGUAAAAAUUUAAACCACAUUUUUUAUCUGGAUGAAGACUAUCGGAUCGCUUCCGUACUUUUGUCAAAGAAUAAGGAAUAAUGCUACGUAUAGAACGGCAACUCUCCGCUCCCCACCAGCGAGCUAGGUUUACCUCACCCCCCCCCCCACCAUAAUUUAGACUUGAAUCGUAUGGCGUCAGACGUCACACACACAGAUGCGCGUGUACGAUAACGUCAAUGUGUGGUAUGUGUGUGUAAAACGAGGUUGUUUGUAUGACGUGUCCGUGGUGUGCUUUUGUUGAAGGAAAUCGCAUCAGUGUGAUUUUUCAAAAUGGCGUCGUUUUCGCUAUAAGUUGACGAUAUACAGGGUGUUAGUGACAUCGUAACGAAAAAAAAAAAUGGAACGCCUAUUUUAUUGUACUAAAAACGAUGGUGGGUGUUUUUCUUGUCGCAAAUGUUUAAUUAAGAUUUUCAAUUUUUACUGUGCCGCAAUGUAAGUCGAACAACGCGCCACACAGACGCUAAACUUACGCGCGGCUACGUUACGCGUGCGUGAUACGAUGUUGAUAUCUAGGUAGGAGUUUUCAUUCUCUUGUAUUUAGAUGCUUAGUGGUUCAACGUUUAAAAAUGUUGUUUGUUGAAGUAGAACACCUACUGCCACGAUUUUUCACGCACGAUACCUACCUACCAGUUAUUAAAACGUUCCUAACUUAUUAACAAUAAAAACCCUACUCUUGCCUUACCUUAAUUGUUAUUCCUUCGGAUGAAGUACCUAGGUAGGUACCCUAGAACAUGUCACGUCACGUAGGUAUGCAACAUCGCGUUUCCUCCGCGGUAGGUAGGUAUCACACGCACUCACAAACACAACACCUUGUUCUUUAAUAAACAUCAACAAUAUUCCAUACUUUUGCGCAGUAAAUGGUCUAUGAUCUAUCAUCAUAGUCGACACUACUCAUUUACAGAAUGAAACAAACACUCACAAACACGAAAAAAAUAUCCUCGAAAAACAUCACGCGAUUCGGGUCAAGCUUAGUAUUCGACUGAGCGGAAGCGCGCGGCGGCGGCGUUAGCGCAAAGCAUCAAAGGCGCCGACGACGCACCGGCCGCGGCCGAGUCGAGCCGACGACUAGAGAGAGAGAGAGAAGUAUGUUUAUGGUGCAAGUGACAGAGAAAGAAAUAGUAUCUGUUCGUAUGCCUACUUUAUUGGCGAGCGUUGCCCUUGACCCGUGCGCCGGCUAUUCACCUGCGCAUAGCUGAAGUUGUAGAUACGUUAUUAUUAUUAUUGAUGACAUUGAUAAAAUUUAAUAAUUAGUAAUUUUUAUUUGUUUAUUUUAAAUGUGCGUUCUAUGCAGCUUAAAACACAAUAUGGGACUGAAAAAAAUCUAAUUUUUUUAUGAAUUUGGCAACAGGAAACUUCACUUGAUACCUAUCAACUCAAAGAAAUACCUAGUAUCUGUUCGUAAUGCCUACUUUAUUGGCGCGCGUUGCCCUUGAUCCGUGAGGCUAUUCACGUCCGAGUAUCCAUCAAGACAGAUCAAACAAGCCCUAACUCGGAGGUCUUGCGUCCCAGGAUCCUUUAAUUAUGUCUUAGAACCUUCUUGGCCUAUGUGGUCCAGUGGUUGAGCGAUGGGAUGCGGAGGGUCCGGGUUCGUAUUCCGGUGGGGACAUAUCACAAAAAUCUGUUUAUAAGGCCUUUGGUUGGGACGUUACAGGCUGAUCACCUGAUUGUCCGAAAGUAAAAUGAUCCGUGCUUCGGAAGGUACGUUAAGUCGUUGCUCCCGUCUACUAGGUACUUAUGUAAGCACGUAGCCGUUACAUGAAUAUUGUACACAGAACAGGAUAGGUUUAAUUAGUUCUU